AGGCUGCCAACCACAACCAGACGUUUCAAACAUCCAUCGUUCGCCAUCAUCGGGGAGGCGGCAUCAAGCAGCCCCAACUCGCGCAGCUCCUCCCCAACAGGGCGUGUCAGCCCGUUUAGGGGGCGGGGCUUCAAUGCGGCCGGCUCGAGGCACGUCAGCCCCAGCGCCUCCCCGAUUCCGCCCGAAGACCCCCGAACGAGAAGCCCCAGCCCCACCAAAACUGCCUCAUCGAAAAUUCCGAAACCCCGAAAAUCCUCCACCGCUGCGGUGUUCGGGGAGAAGGUGAACCACGUGGAGUUCCAAGGGCUGAGCCGGCAGGGGAGUCAGAGUCUGAGCAGUUUGGAGGAGAGGCAGACGCGUGGGAAGCCGCCUCCCAGCCCCCGGAAGAAGUUGACGGGGGCAUUCAAGCAGCUGUCGCCUAUUCAGGGCUCCAGCCCGGAGCCCAGUCAGUCCCAGUCUUCCCCCUCUCGCAUUCCGACGAAGAGCCAAAGCACGCCGCCCAGCCGGUAUGCGUCUCCUACUAGGGAGCCGAAGGCGAAGAGGAGCCGGUCCAGGCCCAGUGUGGCCAAGAGCCGAGACCCGAGCCCCUUGGCGUCUCCUACGAAGGCGAACCGCUACCAGCAUGUGCAGUCGAAGAUCAACACCUUCAACAGGCCCAGGCCGCCUGCCAAGCCGCAGCUGUCCAGCGAUGUGUCCGAAGAUAGCGGCUCGCCGAAGAAGAAAGUGCAACCGCGUAGAAACUCCUUCAAUCGGACACCCUCCCGGCCAAAUUUGCUUCCGAAAACCUACAUGGGGAAGCCCAGCAGUUAUACCAGUGAUAGUAGUGAUGCUGUGGACGUUAGAACCCCACCUGUGAAGCCUCCAGCUGCUAAACCUCCAGCAGCAGCAGCAGCAAACAAAGUACUUCCAGCCCCCAAUGCUUCCAGUUCUCCUAGCAAGAGCAAAGCGCCUCCUAGGGCCAAAGGCCCCAAGGGGGCUGACCGCCCGGCUAAAACAGGCAACAAUCGUAGGCCUUCGAAGGCUUCGCCUGCUGAAACAUCCGGCGCUGAGGACCAAAGCAGCAGAAAAGCGCCUCCUUCGGCCGACCUGGAGGAUGGUGGCGCCCCAUCGGCCCUGGGCGUGGUUUCGAGCACCACCAGCACGGUGGCCACGCCCCUGAAGAUAGAGACGCCCAAAUUGGGGCGGGGCAAGCCGAUGUCCCCGAUGAUCGAUGGGCGGGUGCUGAGCGCGACCAGCGUGAGCCACGCGAUCAACAAAAUGAACGACACCGUGCUCAACACGCAGACGUUGAUCAAAGAUAGUGGCCUGCCAACCCGGUUGCCUGCCGCCAGUGCGAUUAUUGCCUUAAAAAGUGAUUCCAGUGCAAAAGAGGUGGAGGACAGCGGAAAAAGCAGCAUCAACAGCAAGCCAGAGGCGACCACGAUUGCCCCUAAGGAAACCUCCACUCCCACCACAACAACAACAGCAGCAAAUGAAGAGGAAGCUGCCACCAACCCCACCUGCAACUCCGCCCAACCAGCGAAAGUUCCAGACUAUCCACAAAGCAAGCCAAUGAACAACAACCACAGCAAUCAUGUGACCACGAUAGGGUUGGGCAACGCGAAGGCGAUUGAGCGAGAGGUGCAGAACAACAUGAAUCGCCUACUGGGUUCGAUGGAGUCAAGUCUGGAUGGUGUGCCGGCCUCCAAGAUGUCGGUGAAUGAUCGCAUCCGGGAGGCGAGGACUGUGAUUGCGGCCGAUGUGAAGCCGAUCAGGAUCACGGUGAGGGAGAAACCGUCCGAUGUGGAUGUGCAGAGUGGGAAUGUUGGGCCGCAUUUCGGGAUUGCCAAUGGAGUGAACGAGAGGCCCAGGUGAGUUUUUUUUUUUUGAGGGUUUUGAGUGAGGUUGUAUGGAAGGUAUAUUGGGUAGUUUGAGGGCGGGUGGAGAGAACGUUUAGUGGCUCACAGAGACUAAGAAGCUGGUUGAAACUUCUACAAUUAGCUAGAUCAAGAGGCAACUUGAAACUUUCACCGAGUGGUCAACAUACAUUAAAGUAUUUUUAGGAGAGUUUUCUAAUAAAUACGUCGCGACACUGAUUUUUGA